AUGUUGUACAGUCUGAAGAGCAAGCCUGUGUUCAGAGAGACCUCACGCUACAUCUUGUUUGGUAACCUCCUUUUCGCUGACACCAUCCUACUAGUGACCAGUCAACUGCUUUACAUAUUAGCCGUGGCUGGGUUGUUUGUAAUCCGCUACAUAUGUGCUGUGAUUGUGUUGGUGGCUAUUUUCACCAGCACUGUCUCCCCUCUAAACCUGUCUGUAAUGUCGCUAGAACGGUAUGUGGCUAUCUGUUACCCCCUGAGGCACAGCUCCAUCGUCACCCCCAGGACUACAGGAAUUGUCAUUGCUGUAAUUUGGACGUUGUCAUCCCUAAACACUAUGAUUAAGCUUAUCAUGUUGCUGGUUCUAGACUCCCUGCCUCUGGACCAGGUCAUGCAGGAAUUCUGCUCUACCAAUAAGCUUUUCUGCCUUGAGAUACACAACCAAGUAGACAAUAUUAUGCAGGGCAUCGUCUUCACAACUGUUGGUUUUAUUAUAAUAUACACUUACAUUACUAUGAUGGUGAUAGCUAAGUCUGCCUCCUCAGACAAAGACUUAAACAGCAAGGCUCGCAAAACGGUUCUACUGCACCUGAUCCAGCUAGGCCUGAGUCUCUCCUCCACUGUUCUCCCUAGCAUAGUGUCAGCUUUGAAAUCCAGAGGCAUGGACAAAGCAACACAGAUCGAGUACAUUUUGUUUAUUGUUAUGAUUAUCAUGCCCAGGUGUCUGAGUCCUUUGAUCUACGGCCUGAGAGACAAAAUAUUUAGACACAUCCUUAUGCACCAUCUCACCUGUGGUCUUAGACCAAAAGUGAAGCCCAGCAAAAUCUCCAGUUAUUAA